UCCCCCUCCUGCCCUGUCACUGUGGAGCCCGUGGGCUCCUGUGCCACCUUGGUGACAGAGCGCAUUGCCCAAAAGCACCUGAGGUGCUCGACCAACAAGUGGCUCAGCUUUUAUAUGGUGCCAUUAUCCAAGACUGUAUUAACAUGGCACCUGAGGCAGGCCAAGUCACCCCUAAGGACAGCCAGUACGCCGUCUUUCUGGAAAAACGUUUUCCCAAACUGCCUCAGAGGGGUGCUCUCUUUCAGUCGCUACAGAAUGCCAAGUUUGAUGUGUCAGGCCUCUCCACAGAACAGAUGCUGUUGAAAGACAUGAAAGCAGCGUCUGGUGGGGAUCUAAAAUUAGCUGUCAGUGUCAUUUACAUGACACUAGAGGCUUUUCUUCAGAGGCGUGGACUACAGCAGGACCUCUGUGAGUUCUGCCACAAUCACAGCUACAACCUGGUGGUUGCCAUGACAAUCUCUUUCAAUGACAACAAGGAGCCCUUCCGACAGCUAGCCGUCUACAGCUCCAGCACUGUCUACAGGGAAGAGAUGAGUAAAGCACUAGAAAAAGCCAAAAACAACAGUCUGGACCUGAAGCCAAUGAGCAGUCCAUAUCCGGAUGUGAAGGCCUUUAUACAGGGUAACACAUUAGUAUCCCGCAAGAAGGUAAUCUCCAUAAUCACAGACUUCCUGAAGGAGAGGGAAAAGAAAGCAUAUCAAAGUGGCAACAUAGAGGACCUAGAUCUGGAUGAUGAUUCCAAUCAGGACCAGAGUGAAUCACAACAAUGUCCCGAGGACGCUGGGAUUGAGGACGAUACCCAAUUUCCUCCAACGCCAAUGAACAGUCUGGUGGAGGGUUGUCCAUUAGACAAUGGCCUACCAAAAAUCAGUCCUGAGGUUUUGGUGGAGAAAGUAAGCAAGAUUGCCAGCAUGGAGGACACGUCUCCUGAGGGCCAGUGAUGAGAAUCUGUUGUCCAAGAGAGUCUUGAAUAAGAGCUGGAGAAGGAAAGUCCUUCUGCAUCUUCAAGAAGAUGAAGUACAUAUCCAACAGUGCUGCAUCAGGGCAUGAGAAUGAAAUGGCACUUUUUUUGAUC